AUGAUUGCUGGUUCUGAUAGGGGUCUGCAGUGUUGUGUCCGUGGGAAGCUGGAUAUGCAGGAUCCAAAUAAAUCUCUUCGUGAUCCAGUUUAUUAUCGUUGCAAUCCAAUGCCACAUCAUAGGAUCGGAUCCAAGUACAAGAUAUACCCGACUUAUGAUUUUGCUUGCCCAUUUGUUGAUUCUAUAGAAGGCAUUACUCAUGCACUCCGAUCCAGUGAGUAUCACGACCGCAAUGCUCAGUACCAUCGAGUUCAAGAGGAUAUGGGACUGCGAAAAGUGCACAUCUAUGAAUUCAGUAGGUUGAACAUGGUUUAUACAGUUCUCAGCAAGCGCAAGCUUUUGUGGUUCGUUCAAAAUAAGAAGGUUAAUGGAUGGGAUGAUCCUCGUUUUCCAACUGUUCAAGGAAUUGUGCGCAGAGGUCUUAAAGUUGAAGCUUUAAUACAAUUCAUUCUUGAGCAGGGAGCUUCAAAGAAUCUGAAUCUCAUGGAAUGGGACAAACUUUGGACAAUUAAUAAGAAGAUAAUUGAUCCAGUAUGCCCAAGACACACCGCCGUUAUUGAAGAGCGGCGGGUGUUGUUGACGCUGACCAAUGGGCCUGAGAAGCCAUUCGUUCGCAUCAUUCCGAGGCACAAGAAGUACGAAGGUGCUGGGGCGAAGGCGACUACAUACACAAGGACAAUAUGGCUAGACCUUGUAGAUGCAGAGUCCAUCAAGGUAGAUGAGGAAGUGACCUUGAUGGACUGGGGGAAUGCCAUUGUCGAAGGGAUUGAGAAAGACGAAGAUGGAAACCUCAAACUCAUAGGGGUUUUGAAUCUUGAGGGGUCCUUCAAGACGACGAAAUUGAAGCUUACGUGGCUACCUCAAAUAGAUGAACUACCUAAGCUCUCACUGAUGGAGUUCAAUUAUUUGAUAACAAAGAAGAAGCUUGAAGGAGAGGAUUUCCUUGAUGUGCUUAACGCAUGUACAGAAAAGCAGACUGCGGCCUUGGGUGAUUGCAACAUGCGAAAUCUCAAGCGAGGAGAUAUCUUGCAGCUUGAGAGGAAAGGAUAUUUCCGAUGUGAUGUUCCCUACGUCAGGCCUUCAAAGCCUAUAGUUCUCUUUGCAAUCCCCGACGGCAGGCAGCAUACUGGGUUUAAUUGA